GGCUGGUAAACGGCGAGGGUGGCAUGUUCGUAGAAAGCUAGGACUCCGGUACGGACCCUGAAACUUCUAAAUAUCUUCGGUGACCGGCGCGUCAGUAAUCUUCGACUUUAAACGACAUGCGCAGUUAGGAAUGAGUUACCAACAUGUCAUCUGAGCCUCUGUAUCCGGCUUACCUUCCAACCAGACCAGAUGGGUAUAUGCCUGCCUUGGAUGUCCCUCAAUUUGAGGCGGAUGAACCGGGUAGCCGCGCGGACCCCCUAAAACCGGCCAUAUUUAAAGUAGGCGCGAAGAUAGCAAACAUCACACCGAGGGUAGGGACAGAGAUCACCGGCGUUCAGCUCAGCCAGAUUUCUCCGGCAGGGCUAGAUGAAGUUGCUUUGCUGGCAGCCGAGAGAGGGGUCUUGGUUUUUAGGGACCAGGACUUUGCGGACAUUGGGUUCGAGAGACAACGAAACAUUGUGAAGUAUUACGGACCCUUGCAUAAGCAUCCUACGAUGGGUUAUCCUGCGGGAACAAGUCCAGAAUUCCAUGUGGUGUAUGCGGAUGAAACUGCCGGUAAUCUUAGAACACUCCUCGGUCCUCACACGGCGUACGACUUAUGGCAUGUCGAUCAGACAUUCACGCCAAAUGUGCCAUCAACAACCUUUUUCUGGGUUCUUGAGAUUCCCAAAUCUGGUGGGGGCGACACGGCCUUCACAUCUCUAACGGCAGCAUACGAGGCAUUAUCACCUGCCUUUAGACAGAUCCUCGGAGGAUUAAGUCUCUAUCACACGUCGGCUUCGGUCGGAGAAGUUGCUCGUGUCGGGACGGAGCGUGCCUUGAAGGAAGCUGUUAACACGACACAUCCCUUGGUUAUUAAACAUCCUGUCACGGGCAAACCCUCGUUAUUCGUAAAUCCGACAAUCGCUCGCAAGAUCGAGGGGUUCUUACCGGAGGAGUCGGAUAACCUCCUGAAGUUCCUCCACGAUCAUAUCAAAAGUCUCGAUUUUAGCUGUAGGGUCAAAUGGGAAAGGGGAACAGUUGUGGUUUGGGAUCAAAGGACUGCAGCGCAUAGCGCGGUACCUGACUUUGCGGAUGGAGAGAGACGGCAUAUGGUGAGGAUGAUACCUUACGGUUCCAAACCCCAGCCAGCGUUCCCGGAACAGUUCCAUGCUUUUAAAGAGAAGAUAUAGGUGAUUAAUUUUAUGGUAAUUCAACGGUAGCUCUGCGGUAUGAAAUGUACCUACUCGUAUAUCUGUCUGAAGGUGACAGGGCUUGAUCGCCAACAGAUGUAUUGCUGUACUUGCUGUAAGCCACAUUAUUAACAUCUAGAUGUGACAAGUCAGUUGAUCCCAUAUGUACAUCUACAUGAACCUCAGUCACGUGGUAUCUAGAUAUUCAGAUACAUCUCG